AUGUCAAAUCAGGCCAUAGAAUAUGCGAUCCCUUCACCUCCACAAGAUCCAAUUUCAGGCUUAGCCUUCAACCCAAAUCCAUCUAAAGCCCAUCAAUUGCUGGUAUCGAGUUGGGAUAAAACUGUUCGGCUAUACCAUCUGGCCAAUCUAGAUGAAGCAUCUUCUUCAGAUCCAAGUAAAAGGGUACGAUUGAUUCAUACUUUCAAUCAUGAAGCACCAGUGCUGGAUGUAUGCUGGAUAACCGAUACUCUCGCUGCUAGUGGAGGAAUCGAUCGUCGUGUACGUUUGCUCAACUUGGAAACUGGUCAGACAAACAUCAUCGGGAAACAUACAGCACCGAUUAGCAGGAUUCGAUAUAGCCAUUCGGCAAAUUUACUCAUUUCAUCUUCUUGGGACUGUACUUUGAAAGUUUGGGAUCCUUCGCCCGUAAAUGCGUCUUUGUUACGCACGAUCAAUUUACCCGAUAAAGCAUUGGCCAUGGACGUAUCUCCGCCUUCUCCAAUCACAUCAAACGAUGCAGGUACAUCUAUAUCCAUCAUUGAUCAAACACCUCGGUUAGUAGUUGGAAUGGCAGGAAGGUUGAUACACAUCUUUGAUCUUUCAAGAUGGCGUGAAGAAAUCGAUAAUACGAAAGCCGGCAAAUCGAAUAACGAGGACGUUUGGCGAGCAGAGCAAAAACGUGAAAGCAGUUUGAAGUUCAUGUUACGCGAUAUACGUUGUAUGCCAAACGGACAAGGAUAUGCAAUUUCAUCAAUCGAAGGUAGAAUCGCUGUAGAGUUCUUUGAUACAUCAGAAAGCAUACAAGCGAAAAAGUAUGCGUUCAAAUGUCAUCGACAAGUUGUUGAUGGUGUGGACACGGUUUAUCCGGUAAACGGAUUAAGCUUUCAUCCUCAACAUGCAACUUUUGCAUCUUUGGGAGGUGAUGCAAUCGUGGCUAUAUGGGAUCCUUUGGCCAAAAAGCGAAUCAGGCAAUAUCCUAGAUACCCUUCUCCAUUGUCUGCCGGCGCAUUUUCUUCUGAUGGGGCUUGGCUAGCUGUCGCGAGUGGUUUCGAGAAUAUUGAAGAUACUCGACAUCGUGGACCAGAACCCGGCAAAGUACAGAUUCAUAUUCGCUCUGUUUGGGAGGACUGUAAACCAAAGGCCAAGUAAGACUGGGUCACAUCAUGUAUUAUAGUGAAGAGCAACGUAAUGUAAAUCUAAAAG